AUGGCGGCUGCGAUGGCGGCGCUGCUGCUGUGCCCGGCCGGCGGCCUGUGUGCGCAGGCUGUGUGUCGGGAUGCGGUGGUCACCCAACAGCUUCUGCAGGAGGGAUUUCACAGGGACCUUUUGCUGCAGGUGGAGCUUGGUGUAACCAAGGAGGAUCUGGGGGGAUGCACAGUGGCAGCUCGGACUCGCCUUCCACCAGGAAUCUACGUGGAUCCCUACGAGCUGGCGUCGCUGCAGCGCCACAACCUCACAAAGGCGCUAGUAAUUCCCGAUGCUGUUGAUGUGGAGGCACCUGAGUACUUGGCUGCGGAGCUGCUUGUUCUUCUGUACRUGAACCCCGACCCGCGGUGCUCCCAUUGCUUUACAGCCACUUUGCCAGUGCAUGGACGGUACCACCGGCCAGCAGAAAACAMCAGUGCAGUCCUGGUUGCUCUGAAGAGUCCAGAAAUACUGAUUUGCUGCUGUGACAAUCACCUGUCAACUGAGUGUUGGAAACCUUCUGAGGUGGAAGCUACCUGUUUGGGGAGAAGCAGCUACCCCUGUCAGUGGUACAGCGUAAAGCAUAAACCCGCAAAUGAGGAAUUCAUGCAGAUUCCAGUGGGGCACAGACAACAUGCAUUUUUGGUGUGUGUCCUGACCCUUCUGGCCACGGUCCUCUGUUCCAGCAUGAUCCUUACAGCCGCCUGCAGAUACGGACACUUCUCUCUGGAGAUUUGCUCAGAACAGAAGUAGAAAAGUAUGGAGUGAUGGAGCCAAAGGCAGGAAAACUAAGAAUAUUGGUUGCAUCUGUAUCCUAAAGGAAUCCUACUCUAAUGUUAUUUAUAUUUUGGCAGUGUGUGUGGGUUCUGUAAUGGAUUAUGGUUCUGUCAGCCUAUUUUUUUUUUUUAUGUUUGUAUUACUUGAAUUUAAAUGAACCAACUGAGGCACUGAUUAUUAAGGAUAUGAGGAACAUUAUAGAGUCAUUAAAGUUUCUGAAUUUUAAGCUUGUUUACACAGUUCAGC